AAUAGCGUAACCAGUGAGGGGGUGUUCAGCAUUGUCUUGAUUUCUGAAGAAACUUGAGUGCCUCAGGCAUGAUGCAAAAAGGUUUUCUUUUUCUACUGCUUGUUUGGAACUCAUCCCCUUUUACCCGAGGAAACACCACAAAAACCCUUCGAUUCUCGCUGGGAUGUCAGGCUGUGAUACCUUGUCGGAGUUACAAAAGUGAUUCACGUUUGCCGGGAUGGUUUUACCAGGACCAUGAACGCACCAAGGAAAUCAAGAUAUAUUCUAAAGACAAUAAAGGACUAGACAUCUAUGACCAAGCCUUUCGCCACAGAAUAGGAGUGCCGCGCAACGGCUCCUUGGUCAUUUUUAAUUUCACAGAGGAUGAUCAAGGCUUUUACUGGUGUCAACAUUGUUUUCAAGGCAAUUGUUGGGAUAAACAGCAAACUGUCAUCAGCGUGGAGAAAGAAAUUCUUAAAGAAACUCAUGAGACAGUCUACGUUAUAGAAGGCAACAAUUUUACUCCUGCAUGUCCGGGUGAAUUGAUAAACUUAAAAUGGACACGUCCAUCCAACACGUCUAUACACAUUGGAAAUGUAAAAAGUGCAGAUGCUGGGAAUUAUAUCUGCUGGAAAAUUGGAUGUAAUAAACACUGGCAGAAGCUACUAACUAUCAACUUGUGUGUAAUUACAGUACACAACAAUGACGAUUCAUCUGUUUCUUGUACUGUGAAGUGUGGAGUGGAAUUCAGUACCAUCAAACUAAACAGCACAUUUAAUGUGGAAACAAGCACAAGCACAAUAUCAGUGCUUGUAGAUUCAAAUGGAUCUUUAAAUUGCCGUGCAAAGCAGAUGUUUAAUGGAUACAGUACAGUGAGUAGCACUCAUGGACCAUCGACUGCUUUAAUCAAAACCACAGAUAUAUCUACAGAGCGUGGAUAUCUGAUUCCAGUUGCUUCUGGAACGUCAGCAGUCUUUAUAUUUCUUAUUUUCUUAGUUAUUUUAAUUUGCUACCUCAGACCAAGACUGUGUGCAGCACUUCCUGUCCCCCUUUGCUGCCGUUGCUUAAAUGGCAGGCAGGUGGACGAGGAGACUUCAGUGGUUUAUUCAUCAGUUAUCAUCAAGACGCCUGCUAAGACAAGAGACACAUACAUGACUUACAGUGACAAUAGUUGUGUGUAUAGUGAAAUAAAAUUUGAGAGAACGAUUCCAUAAAUUCCACUGUUGUAUAGUCCCCUUGUAUUUCGUGAGAAAAAAGUGUUUGUGACUUCACCCACACUGUUCUGAAGGGAAUUUCUGAAAUUAGGACAUUUCCUACCUGGGUGAAUUGA